CCGUUUAUAUCCGUGUUGACGCGCAUGCGCAAAGAACGCUAUAAAAUUGUGAAGGUCGUAUGGAAAUUCGGAUUCUUGCCAAGACAUUACCAGUUUCAGCCAUGAAAAUUGUAGUGUGCUUUUUUGCCUUAGCAAUUGCGUACGCAUGCGCAGCACGGUGUAAGCAAACGUCAGACUGUGACCCAACUGUGACGGCAUGCAGAAAUAACACCAUCCUGCAUUGUCUUGACUUCCAGUGUGUGUGCGAUUCUCUGGCUGGCGUUGAGGCGCACGAAUGCACAGUCAACUCUGACUGCCACGACCACAUCCACGACGGGGUGUUUCACCACUGUGCACACAACGGCUGGCAGUGCAUAAACUAUGACUGCCAAUGUACAAGCGGGCAUGGAAAGUAAUUCGGCGGCCGUAAACACUUUUCUCAUAAUUAGACAUGUUUUGUUUCGAAAAAAUAAAAUUAUAAAGUUAAUGUCAAGCGCGUGA